AUGGAAAAAAAACUGAAAAGCAUUCCAAAAGGAAUGAGGAGGGAAAUCAACAAACGGGAGGAAGGGAAUCAUAGCCAGAAGGCACAGAAAUGA